AUGGAAACGUUUCUAGGAUACGGCGUCACAACAAUCCACAACCCAGCGUCCAAUAAUGUGGCUGGCCACAUUGAACGUGUGCUUAUUGAGAAGGGAAGAAUGUACGGCCCUAGAGUCUAUCAUACAGGCGAUGUACUGUAUGGCUCAACUCAGCCUUCUGUUUACACUGAGAUCAACUCUCUGGCUGAUGCUAGAGAUGCACUUUUGCGGAUCAAAGAGGAAGGCGUCGAUUCGGCCUUUACUGUCAAAAACUACCAGCUCGUUCCUAGAUCGGCCAGGCAGAGACUUCUGCUUGAAGCCGCUAAGCUUGACAUGCUCGUCGUACCGGAAGGAGGGUGGUCGUUCGACUGGGGUCUGACCUACUUCAUCGAUGGCUACACAUCUCAGGAGCACCCCCUUCCUGUGCCCGACCUGUACGACGACGUCCUAUCACUGGUUGAGGCCAGCGGCAGCUCAUAUACUCCACUGGCAGUCAUGAACUACGGCGGUAUCUUCGGUCAAAAUUGGAUACACCAGAAUGAGGACAUACCUAACGACGCCAAGCUGAGGAAGUACGUAAGACAUGACAUACUGGAAAGCCUGACCGAAGUGAAGCAAGCGCCGAACAGUUCCUACCUGUUCUUCAACACAACUCGAUCAACCGCGGAACUCGCGAAGCGAGGCGUGAGGACGAAUGUUGGUGCUCAUGGAGAGCAGCCGAUCGGCCACUUGUUUCAUUCGGAGAUGAAAAUGAUGGCUAUGGGAGGUCAGACCCCUUACAGUGUCUUACGCUCUGCCACUAUCGGAAACGCUAUAUCACUCGGUCUUCAGUCUUCUGUUGGGUCUAUCGAGGUUGGAAAGUUGGCAGAUAUUGUCAUAUACCCGCCAGGAGUUGACAACGUACAGAAGGUAUGGGAGCGAAGCGGUCAUAUGAAGUUCGUGAUGCGAGGAGGGAUCGUGGUCAGCGUCGAGGAUGGACUUGUUGAAUUAUGGCCACGCAAUGGCCGAAAACAGGCUCGGUCUCCUCUUAACCCCGAGGGUGUGACUGGGGUUGGGAAGACUUAG